CUGUGUGUUAUUUAAAGUUUUGUUAAAAAUUUGUUGAUGCAGACUGAAAAUUCAGUUUGAAAUACGAUUGGAAUGAAAAAAACAGUUUUAUUCGUUUUGGUUUCAUUGAUAAGCUCAACAAGCUUCUUGAACGGAAUUCCGACUAAAGAGCGCAAUGUCAUCCAAAACACUUUAUUAGAUUUAUUUGGAAAGCAUAAUCGUCCAAGACACAAUUUAUUCUCUGAUGUAGGUAAAAUUGUAACUUCAGCUACUAAAUACAUGUUAAACUUGUACCAGUAUUCUUUAGGCUCAGAGCUUCAAAAUAUAAAUAACCCCACUAUCAAUUUAAAGAAUAUAUCAAAAAAAGUCAACUUUGCAGAUACUGUUGUCAGUCUUCUUAACAAUGGAUAUGUUCCGAGACCAAAUACAACUGACGAGUCAGGUGAAAUGUAUUUCGAUGUAUCUUCUAACUAUGAUAUUGAAAAAAUUAUUGAAACAAACCUUCAGAUUUUUUUAGAUGUCACUUACAAAACUGUGCCUCUAAAUAAGUUUAGAUUAGAAGUUUUCAAGAUAGUUGUUCCUAAGAAAAAGUAUAUACUACUAGACUCUAAAAUAAUAAUGGCUUCAGUUUCUCAAUGGCAUGAAUUUAAUGUAUUAGAAGCUUUGUUGAGUUGGGUUAAAUAUUCAGAAACAAAUAAUGGUAUUCUGAUAGUGUGUAAAAGUCUACAACAAGAAGCCAUUCUUGUUGAAAACUGUGGUGUUGUUGGAUUUAAAGGUAGUAAAGAUUAUCAGCCAUUUCUUGUUUCAUUUUACCAAUCCAGUAAAAAUGAGGAGUUUUUUGUUUUGAAGGCUCCUGACUUUGACUCAACGUCAAGACUUGCUCAACACCAAUACUUUCUAGAUAAUAAGUUCAAAACUUCUACAUCUGCAAGACUUCCAAAACGGUUUACGCGUGGUAUAGAAGAUAAUGAUUUUUUAAAAGCAGCUGCUACUCUGGCUGAAAAAAAUAACUUCGUUCAAAGUAAGUUAAUUUCAAAAAGAUCUAAAAAUAACAAUAUAUCUGACUGUGGGAAACAUCUUUUAUAUGUGUCAUUUAAGGAUAUUGGGUGGUCAGACUGGAUUAUAGCACCCGAUGGUUAUAUAACCAGUUACUGUGAAGGUGAUUGUAGUUUUCCACUGGAGAGUAAUUUAAAUGCAACUAACCAUGCAAUCUUACAAGCACUAGUGCAUACAAUAUUUCCAAAGAAAAUUCCAAAACCUUGUUGUGCUCCAAAUAAACUCAAUGCAAUGUCAAUUUUAUUCUUUGACGAUCGUAAUAAUGUUGUUAUGCAAGAAAUACCAAACAUGAUUGUUCAUCAAUGUGGAUGCCAGUAACUUAAAAAUAUACAAAUGAGGAGUUUAUUUUCAAAACGUGGUAUGAGCAAUUUUGUUUUUAUGUGCCGCUUUAAAUCUUAUUUAGUUUAAA